CACAAAACUCCUUUGUGAUGUCACUACACGAACGGAAUUACUCACUUAGCUGGUCUUCGUCUUUCCCUUACCUUCUGUCUCCUUCCCCAAGACACUUCCCCCAUCUUUUCCCCUUAAAGGGGAGGAUGGGAAAGGUUUCUUAUGCAAACAGAUCUUCAGCUGCCCUGCCAUCAUACCUGCUCAGGUAUGUCUGAGCUCUAGUAUUGAAUACAGUUCAAGGUAUUUCCACCCCCCAAAGGAGAUAAGAAGUACUGGAGAAUUUGGAAGAGGAGAGUAUUGAAACUGCUUUGCUGGAGAAAUGUCUUCAGAGUCAGAAAACGAUAAAGAGAGGCUGGUUCAAGCUGCCAAAACGUUCUUCUUUCACAUAAAAGAUCUUACUUUCUUCACAAACACACUGACCGAAUUGUUUAACAACAACAUGAAUACCCAGAUCCUCUCGAUGGCCGUGAAGGACAAUAGUACCAUUAAGGAUUCCUUUGAACAUAUGCUCAGAAUUUUUAAGGAUAUGCAAUCUGUAGUGAAAGAAAAAUACAACGAAAUGCAAAAGGAGUCUUUAUGUUCCAAGUUUGCAUCGGCUAUGUGCUCUAUGGUUGAGAAGAGUACCAAUGUAAAGGAGUUGCAAGAGUCAGCUAAAGAAGUAUUCAAAAACGUCCACACACCAGUCAUUGUCUCUGUGCUGCAUAAUGGUAACAUCCUUGGGAAUUUGGAGUCUUCUCUUUCACUCUUGAUGACAUUACCCAUCAUGAAUCUUCAAUUAAGUGACUUCUAUAGGGAAGACAACAAAGAACAAUCAGAAGCUACCACAUCUCAAAAAACCAAGAGUCCAGGUCCUACCAAAGCCAUGAGUCCAGGUCUUUCCAAACCCAUGAGUCCAGGUCUUUCCAAGCCCACGAGUCCAGGUCUUUCCAAGCCCACGAGUCCAGCUCCUUCCAAGCCCACGAGUCCAGGUCCCUCCAAACCCGCAAGUCCAGGUCCUUCCAAGCCCACGAGUCCAGCUCCUUCCAAGCCCACGAGUCCAGGUCCCUCCAAACCCGCAAGUCCAGGUCCUUCCAACCCCACGAGUCCAGGUCCUUCCAAACCCACGAGUCCAAGUCCUUCCAAACCCACGAGUCCAGGUCCUUCCAAACCCACGAGUCCAGGUCCUUCCAAGACCACAAGUCCAGGUCCUUCCAAAGCCACUAGUCCAGGUCCUACCCAAACUACGAGUCCAGGUCCUUCCAGAGCCACUGUGGUAGACAUCUUGAAAAAGUUGCAGGAUGCACUAAAACCCAAGAAUGCCAACAAUCCCACUGAGUCAGCAGCAGAUUUAUUGGAACAGAUUGUCAAGGAUAUGGGACCAAUCUUAGAGAUCCUCCAAAAAGUCACCAACAGUAUAGAAACUGAUAUUUCUAUGUCGUUUAAAAAGGUCAAUGACAAGUAGGAGUGGAAUACUCAUUCUGUCAGAAAAUAAAUUCAAAUCUCAUGAUUUA